AUGUCUUACGCUUUAUCAGAUACUCAUAGACAAUUAACAGAAGGUCAUUUAAAAGAUACUGAUCCAGAUGUAUAUCAAAUUAUAAAAGAUGAAGUUGAUAGACAAAAACAUUCAAUUGUUUUAAUAGCGAGUGAAAAUUUUACAACUACUGCAGUAUUUGAUGCUUUAGGAACUCCAAUGUGUAAUAAAUAUUCUGAAGGUUAUCCUGGUGCAAGAUAUUAUGGUGGUAAUGAACAUAUUGAUAGAAUGGAAUUAUUAUGUCAAGAAAGAGCUUUAAAAGCUUUUAAUUUAAAUCCUGAACAAUGGGGAGUUAAUGUUCAAACAUUAAGUGGAUCUCCAGCUAAUUUACAAGUUUAUCAAGCUAUUAUGAAACCUCAUGAAAGAUUAAUGGGUUUAGAUUUACCUCAUGGUGGUCAUUUAUCUCAUGGUUAUCAAACUGAUUCAAGAAAAAUUAGUGCAGUUUCAACAUAUUUUGAAACUAUGCCUUAUAGAGUUGAUUUAGAAACUGGUUUAAUUGAUUAUGAUAUGUUGGAAAAAACUGCUAUAUUAUAUAGACCAAAAGUCUUGGUUGCUGGUACUUCAGCUUAUUGUAGAUUAAUUGAUUAUAAAAGAAUGAGAGAAAUUGCUGAUAAAGUUGGUGCUUAUUUAGUUGUUGAUAUGGCUCAUAUUUCAGGUUUAAUAGCAGCUGGUGUUAUUCCAUCACCAUUUGAAUAUGCUGAUAUUGUUACUACAACAACUCAUAAAUCUUUAAGAGGUCCAAGAGGUGCAAUGAUAUUUUUCCGUAGAGGUGUUAGAUCAAUAAAUCCAAAAACUGGUCAAGAAAUUUUAUAUGAUUUAGAAAAUCCAAUUAAUUUUUCAGUUUUCCCAGGUCAUCAAGGUGGUCCACAUAAUCAUACAAUUGCUGCUUUAGCUACUGCUUUAAAACAAGCAAAUACUCCUGAAUUUAAAGAAUAUCAAGAACAAGUUUUGAAAAAUGCUAAAGCCUUAGAAAAUGAAUUUACUGCUAAAGGUUAUAAAUUAGUAAGUCAUGGUACUGAUUCUCAUAUGGUUUUAGUUUCAUUAAAAGAUAAACAAAUUGAUGGAGCAAGAGUUGAAACAGUUUGUGAAAAAAUAAAUAUUGCAUUAAAUAAAAAUUCAAUUCCAGGAGAUAAAUCAGCUUUAGUUCCAGGUGGAGUUAGAAUUGGAGCGCCAGCUAUGACAACAAGAGGUUUAAGUGAAUCUGAUUUUAAAAAAAUUGUUGAAUAUAUUGAUUUUGCAGUAAAUUAUGCAAAAGAAACUCAAGCAAAUUUACCAAAAGAUGCAAAUAAAUUAAAAGAUUUUAAAAAUAAAGUACUUAAUGAAACAGAUGAAAAAUUAGAAAAUAUUAAAAAAGAAAUUUCUGAUUGGGCUGGUUCUUUCCCAUUAGCUGUUUAA